AUGCGUAACCAUUAUGACACGGAAGCUAUCUCUGGACGUUCACCAAACUAUUCCUUUCUGCCCAUCCUUAUACUUUUCCUUAAAAGAAAACGGGAAGAAAUCGGAGUUCUCAGAAUCAAAAAUUCCAUGUCACGUGUCGUCGACAAUGUUAGCGUGGAAUGUAAAGGUCUAUAUAUCACCUACGGCGCCCUUCUUUCAGAUAUGGGGACUGUUAAGGGCUAA